AGAAUAUAUAUCUCUCAUGAAUCAUGGUAUAUCUGAUUCCAAAUAUUAAAACCAAGUUACUUUUAGAAAUAUCAAAAUAUACUUUUUUUUCUCUCUCUCUCUCUCUCUCUCUCUCUCUCUCUCUCUCUCUCCAUAUAAACAUCAACUUGGAAUUGAGUUCAUAUAUGUUGAUUAUUUGAAGCUGUGGUGAAAUCAGCUUUUCUUUUGGUUCAAAGAUUGAAUCUUCAAUCAUUACCUACAAAAGAGAGGAAGAUCAUAUAAAGUUCAGAUAUUCUGGAUGAAGGAACCUCAUCAUUUUCAAUUAAUGUAUUGCAGCAACUUAUUAUUGAAUUUUCGAGACCGAAGGAAACGCAGUCGAAGCGAUGAAAGCGGAGCCGUUGAAGAGAAGUUGAAUGCAUUGAUGCCGUCAAGAAAAUGGUCAUUAUUUGAUUUGAAUGAAGAGGCAAGUGUUGAAGAUGGUGAUGAAAUGACUAUAGAAGAAAUAGAACAAAAUGAAGAAAGAAAAUACGAAAACAGUUCAACAAAUAAUAAUGAGAACAAUAGUGAUAAUAACAACAAUAAUAAUAACAAUGGAAGAAGAACAGCAGUGAGGCAAUAUGUUAGAUCAAAAGUGCCACGACUACGUUGGACACCUGAGCUUCAUCUCAAUUUUGUGCAUGCUGUUCAAAGGCUUGGUGGACAAGAAAGAGCAACACCCAAGUUGGUUCUUCAGUUAAUGAAUGUGAAAGGACUUAGCAUUGCCCAUGUUAAAAGCCAUUUGCAGAACAUAUUGCUUUUUCAGAUGUAUCGAAGUAAGAAGCUCGACCAAUCAGGGCAAGUUAUAAGAGAAGCAUGCGAUGGGAUAAGGAUGGGGUUGAUGCAUGGAGGUGGGAGAUACUACAAUAGCAACAGUAAUGGGGGGAGCAAUAUGAGCAUGCUGCUUCAGCAAACAACUCACCAAUAUUCUCGUUGUUAUCCAUUCACAAGGCAUCUACAUACCCAAUUUGGAACUCUUACAACUCUUUUACACUCUCACUCACCUUAUCAUCCCACUCCUCCUUUCAGAUGUGGCAUGCAGGCAAGUUUUGGAGCAAAAGAAUAGAUGGAGUACUAAUUUGAAUAUGAGAAGAAUGAAUAAUAAUAACAACAGUAAUAAUAAUAAUAAUAAUGGAAGCUGUGAAUUGAUGAGGAGAAGAGGAAAUUAUAAUUGGGAAGAUCAAGAGGGGAGUGAUGUUGAGAUGAAGAAGAAAGAGAAGAGAUUAUUGAUGUUAGAUGAAAAGAGAGAAGAAUGGAAUGAAGCAGAGCUGGAGUUAGGACUGAGGCAUACAACAACUACUCAACAAAUUACCACUGAGCUUUCACUUUCUUAAAUGCCAACAUAUAUAUAAUAUUAAUUGUGUGUGUGAUGUCAUAUAUAGAGAGACAGAAUAGGGCUACAACCAUUAGUUUUUUUUUCUUUUCUGGUGAUCAAGUGAAAGUUGGUUUAUCAGUGCAGAGAGGAGAGAUAUGAGAAUAAUGUGGUCUCUUAUUGCAAAAUCACCCACCCCAUAAUUGUAAGGAAUAAUAAUUAUAGGGCAGGGAGAUAUUAAAGGAAAUGAAGUUUUUUUUUCGUUUUUUUUUUA